UUAUGUUGAAUUUUCUACCGAUUAUAGCUUUACGAUGAGAGGAUUCCACGCAUACUAUAGGGCAGUUCACAACAGUACAAAAUCAACUAAUAAUGCAAUAAGCCAGACAGAUGUAUGUACAAACCGACAGAUGUACGAGAGUACAGGGGAAAUAUCAACGCUUGGCUAUACGUGCCUUCGUGAGGAUUCUCUAUUCUAUAUAGGUGAUAUGAACUGUUCGUGGGAUAUUCAUGUUCAGGAAGGAAAGGUGAUUGAAUUGAUGUUCAAUGAAGUAAACACGUACGAUGGCUGUAUCUAUGACUACGUCAAUAUAAUAGAUGAAACAGGAAGAAUUGAUGCCCAACCACUAUGUGAUGAUUUCGGAGCAUCCUUUCCUCGUGCUGUUAAAUCUCUUGGACCCUGGCUACGUGUCGAGCUCAGUAUCAUUGAU